ACGACGGGCGCGCUCCUGAGCGAAGCCCGCCGGCUGCCGUGCCGCGGCGCUUACGCCCGGCGCGCGAGGCGAUGAUGAGGGGCCUCGCGCUGCAAAUGCCGGCCACCGGCGGCGUGCACGCGCGUGUGUGGCUCUCCUGACGCCCGCAAGAAGGCGUCAGCAGUGCGAUCUAGACUCGGGCCAGCUUGGCGAUGACAGGCAGGAGCAGCGGAGCAGCGGAGAAGCGCACGGCUGCUUCUCUGGCGGAGGCGGAAGUGCGGAAGUGCGGCCCGCGCUGCGAUCUCGCCGCGAGCGUGCCUUGCCCGCCGUUUUCGCUUAAAGAGGCACGCGCAGCUGCGCAUCGCUCUUGUCCUCCACCCACCACCUCACCGCCCAUCAAAGCCUUCGCUCAACAGCGCAACCCUCACCCGUCCACCACCCAAGCACCCACCAACCCAACCCACUUCCAGCAUGGUCGACACCUCGGGUGCUCUCCGCCGCGGCCACCCCGUCACGUUCGGCUUCGUGUGCUUCAUCUCGCUCAUCGUCGCGAUCAUCGCCUCGGCCCUGACCGCCGACUACAACAACCACGGCAGCCAGACUGGCCACCUCACCGGCUCGGUCCGCUACCUGCUCUUGUGAGUCGUGCGCGAUGCCUGCCCAUCAGCAUACAGCUGCUCACGCUCUGCCCCUCUUCAGUGUCGGCUGGCAGAACUUCUUCCUGAGCAUCGCCUUCGUGAGUAUAUACUGGAGGGCACAGGAUGUGGAGGGCGGGAGACGGGCGCGCUGGGAUCAGGGCAGGGCAGGCCGCGUGCGCGCACGACGGAGCAUCAGCACGUCAAGCGCUCUCAGCACGUUUCCUCGUCCGUAGCUCAGCGCGCCGGCUGAGCUCGUCGCCGCCCGCUUUGCGCUGCCGCCACUCCGCUACUUCGUCUUGCAUUCACCUUGCUCACACCGCAUC